AGCGUCUCUACUUCUCUUGGCUGUGUCGACGUUUUUAAAUGCUUGUGGCUUAUAUAUUCAGCUCGCAUAAACAUUUCUUCUAGGUCAAUACAAGGACUGUGAACUUUAAGCAUGGGACUUCUCUCCUUAAAGUAGUGUAUAACAUCGACACUUUUCUGGAUGGUGAUAUGGCCGACAAACGAAGGGAAACGGUUAUCGCAUCUUGGAUCGACUCAAGUACUGCAGCAGUGAACAGCACGACAUGGUUACCCGUGACUGAGAUUGCAGCACCCAGCACAUUACAGUUAAGUCAGCCUUCAAACACUUCAAUGGCGACACAACUGUCAUCCAGUUGUCCACCGGUGUUCAACCUGGGAGGAGAGCAAAACUCUGGUCAGCCUGGCAGAGAGUCGUCUACCGUUCCGGAUGCGUCUGUGCUGCAAAGUGCCAGUACUAACCUUACACAGUCGGUUAAUGCUGCUAUCAUCCUUACACCAGAACAUACAGUGAAGGAGCAAUUUCCAAACUUCCGUAAAUCCCUUAGAAGUCUGGAGGAAGGGAAAAGCAAGCUUGAUACUCUCACUCCUAUACUGCAACAACCAACGAAGAGUAUUCGUCCUGAGUUAUAUUCUACUGCUGAGCCCGUGACGGGAGCGUGUUCACCCGGCUUGUUGCAAGUGAGAGAAGCUAGUUCUGCCACCAGUUGUUAUCCUACACAGUCCACCAAAUCUUCUACCACUCCUACACUGGAACCAACUUUCGAGCGAAUACCAGGAACUAUGCACAUCACAUCACUUACAGACUUUUGGUCUGAACAUGCUGUCAUCGGAAUCGCCUCCCAGUCGAAACCCAGUACUGGGAACGUACAUCACACUUACCUGUGUAACUCUGCUUCUCCUUUUGCCCUUAGGACGUCACAACGGCAACACCAAGAGGACGUUUACCUUGGACAGAGAACAAGAGAUUACGGAACAAUUACACUUCCCUCUCAACCCCAUAUCAGUAACAUCCCUGCAUGCAGUUACACAACUGCUGGACUCAUUAAGGUCUACACAGAGUCUCCAGACGUUAGCAGCUCCGCAGAAUCAUCGACACCUCGUUUGGACAAGACCGCAUCGUUCUCUGGUGAUGUACAAGGUGCUUCGCAUUCAAGUAUUGGCUUGUUCGCUGGAAACGAAUUUAUCAUCCCAGUGAAUACUCCCUCCCACUACAACGCCGAAGCUCCUUCUCCCAGCAAAGAGUCUAGUUUAUCGACUGAUGAUAUGGAGAUGUUUUGCCAGUUGGUUGAGGAGACUAGGAUAAGUGGAAAGCUCAAUCAAGAACAAUCAUAUCGAAUCAUAUCGUGCACCAUUUCGAAAAAACCAAUUGUCUGUCCAUGGAUUUGUAAGAGGCAUGUUUAAUGCAGAGAAAAUGUUAAUUUUGUACCCUAUAUUCAAAGAAUGGAUAGAUGGCGAACGCAGGAAUGAUAGUCCACGACGGAGUAUAAGUCCGAACACAUUUUCGAGACUCGGCAGGCGGCUUUCACAAGACGAAUGUGCUAUUCUGAGGCAUGAGUAUGGUCGAGAUCCCAAGCGCUCUGAACAAAAAGAAAUUGACUUGGCUAAAAGGUUUGGCAUACAGAAAGGAGUCGUACAUUGGUGGUACAGGAAACAUCGGUCCUAUGUGCGUCGUGUUGAGAGGAACAGUAAAAAUAGCACUCACAAAUCUAAAAAUGCCCAAGACAAAACGGAAGAGGAGCCGCGUUAUAGAGAUUUUAGAGAUUAAGAAUCAAUGAUAAAAUGCAAAUGCUGGCCCAACAAGUUCAUAAGUGUUCGCCAUUCGAAAUGCCCAUUUCUCCAUUUUAAUAACAUUGUGUUGCGUCCCUGAAUCUCAGAAUUGGUUCAUAGUAGGUGUCAUUGUUUUCAGAACAAAAUGUGUCGGGUGUAUUCAUUCAUGUAGUUUAGUGAUGUCUACCCGUAUUCCAUCCUCACCAGUGUUCGUUUGUGUCUGGAACUGAUGUUGUACUAGUAGCUGUUUUCCGUUUUCCGUCUUUGUGUUGUAUUCGGCAGUUUAAUUGUCUGAUUUGUUUCGUUGAAACCGUAUGAGAAGCCGGCAUUUUUCUUGGUAUUUUCACUGUCUAUUCCAAGUACAUUACGAGGAACAAGAAAAUUUGAAAUAUUCAAAAUUUGA